GCGGGCAGGGCUGGAGCCAUCGUUCUGCGCUUCCGGCUCGUCCCGCCGUUGUGAAACGGAGUGAGGGACUGCGCGUCGGAGCCGCGGGGCCGCUUCGCCUGCCGCCGCACAGGCCCCACGUGAAAGGAUACAUGUUCACUUCAAGCAGAAAAAAGCAUGUUCCCAAAUUCCUCCAACCUGGGUCGUCCACCCUUCCCUCCAAAACAGCAACAACAGAGUCAUGGCUUCAAUGAGCUUCCUCUAAAUACACCAUUCACUCUUAUCACUCACAGGCCUAUUACUGAUACUCAUCUUAGUUAUCAGAAUGCAGUUCUUUCCAGGACUGUUUUGAGUGGGAGCGUAGCGACUGUUCCAGUUGUUACAUUGCCAUCAAUGAGUUGUGGAAAUGAUAGUCCAGCACAUAGAUCUGAUACCCAUAUCGUGUUCCAAGGAAGAAAGAGACCAAGUGGACAAAGUGGUCCACCUGAUAUCAAACGGCAGCGGUUUCAUUCGCAGUAUUCAGAAGCAGUGCCUUUACCAGAAGAACAUAGAUACUCUUUCCUGGUAUCAGCUCUAUCUCCACCAUUCCCUAAGUAUUGGGUACCAGAUUUAACUGCAUGCGUCCCUCCACUGCAAGAAACUUUGUUUCCAGACCUUCCAGAAACUGUGCUUCCUGUGGCCAAAGAUGAGUUAAGUCAACAGAUUUUGGAGUUGUUUAAAGCAUGUCAGCAGCAGACCUGUGAUUUGAAGAGGAAAGAGCUUUGCAGAGCAGAACUCCAGAGGGAAAUUCAGCAAAUUUUUCCACACAGCAGACUCUUUUUGGUUGGGUCCUCACUCAAUGGAUUUGGCACUCGUAGCAGUGAUGGUGACUUGUGUCUGGUGAUUAAAGAACAACCAGUAAAUCAGAAGACUGAAGCAAGGCAUAUACUCAGCUUAGUCCAUAAACACUUCAGUACUAAACUUUCAGGCUACAUUGAGAGACCUCAGCUGAUUCGAGCAAAAGUGCCAAUAGUGAAGUUCAGGGAUAAAGUCAGCUGUGUGGAGUUUGACUUGAAUGUAAACAAUAUUGUAGGAAUAAGAAAUACAUUCCUUCUGAGAACCUAUGCAUACGUUGAGAAUCGAGUUCGUCCGUUAGUACUUGUUGUUAAGAAGUGGGCAAGUUUUCAUAAAAUAAAUGAUGCCAGUCGUGGUACUUUAAACAGCUAUAGCCUUGUGUUGAUGGUUUUGCACUAUUUACAGACCCUACCUGAACCCAUCCUUCCAUCCCUCCAAAAAAAUUACCCAGAAUCUUUUGAUCCUUCUAUGCAGCUGCAGUUUGUUCAUCGAGCUCCACGUAUCAUUCCCCCUUACCAGUCAAAAAAUGCAUCAAGCCUUGGAGAUUUGCUAAUAGGCUUCUUUGAAUAUUAUGCCACAGAAUUUGAUUGGAGCCAUCAAAUGAUUUCCGUUCGUGAGGCCAAAGCUCUUCCAAGACCGGAUGGUAUUGAAUGGAGAAACAAAUUUAUUUGUGUAGAAGAACCCUUUGAUGGGACAAACACUGCUAGAGCUGUACAUGAAAAGCAGAAAUUCAAUAUUAUCAAAGGUGAAUUUCUGAAGUCUUGGCAGGUAUUACAAGACAAGAAAGACCUGAACUGUAUAUUACCUGUAAGAGCCAUACAGAACAGAUAACCAACUUCUUUCACUUCUUGUUGGAUCCUGCUGAAAUAAGGAACAGUAUCAAAAUCAAGAGGCAAUGAGUUACUCCAAGUUUUCUUACAACAUGUUUUUCUCCAUAAACUUUUGUUAAGGAAAUGUUUAUAAGAAAGAUUGUGUUUUUUAUUAUGAAUAUUUGUUAAUACAGCUGUUCAUUCAAAGAUCAAGCUUUUUGAAAAUGCAUACCUUGUUGAUUUAGAAGAAACUUAAACAAGAAACCACAUGAGUAAGUCCAUUUUAAGGGAAGUAUGGGAACAUACUGACUUGCUGUUACCAUAAUACAUGUAAUCACUAACUCAGACACAUUUAACCACGAAAUGAAGACAUUCAGAGCUAAGCAAUGUGCAAGUCUGACUGUAUCCAUAAGACAUUGCUCAAAGCACCCACCUCUUGAUGGAUUAAAAGACCCUGUGCUUUACCUCUGCUUAAUUGCAGUAAGCACUUGUGCUGCACUUGGCACUUUACAGGUUCAUUUCCCUUUUAUGUGGAACAACAAUUUAUUAAAAUUAAGGUAAUAAGGUAAUAUACAUAAAUGCUUUGUAUUUACAUCAAGGUAGGUAAGAUAUUUUUAGUACUUCCUUUUGUAUUUGAAGUAUUAGUGAUAUCUGCUUUGGAAAUAAAAAAAAACCCAAAAAAAUACAUCAAACAGAACUCUAAACCACAAAUCCACCCAACUCCACAACAAAAAAGCCACCCACAAAAGCACACACCCCUCCCCUACAAAAUAAAACCCAAACCAACCAAAACCAAAACCCCACUGAUACAAUAAGGUGGACAUCUGUGUUGAUUUAUGUAAAUAUUUGUAAAUUGGCCAGCUACAUUAAAUUUAGAUAGGUAGUCGUGAAAAUUUUAGCUUUUCCAAGAAGAAAGUUGAGUCAUCUUUUAGACAUACUGUAGCACAAUUUGUACCUCUCAAUGUUUGUUAUUCAAGGCUAAUUCAUUGUCAAAACUACUUACCAUAGAUGUCAAAUUAAUAUUUUCUUUUUUUAAUUUUAUUAUUUUGUGUAGUGUCUGGUGAAAUAAAAGUUUAUAUGUGGAAGAUGC